AUGGCCCAGUCGCUGCAAAUCAUGCUUCAGGUCCAAUUAGUGAAAAAAAUCGCCAUCCUUUUCAACUGGGAUCGAGCUAAGAUCUGCAAUUCGCUUCCAUAUCAGAUCUACCAGAAAGUACUAGGUGCCCUCUACGCCUUGAAUGUGAUUAUACAUGGUGCUCAGCGGAUGCCCAUGGCGCUUACUGUCGUUUUGCCUACAGCUGCAGCAGCGUUCCUAGCAAGUCAGAUGAUCAGUGUGGCGUAUAAAAGGCUUAAUGGUGUGUUUUACUCCACCUCCAAGUAUGUACCCUUGACGUCCAUUAAGGUAAUUGCGGAUUACCAGGAGGUAAUGCGUAUCCAGGGAGUCCUUGGUAUACAUUUGCGAGUGUGUGCUUCUCGAAUUGCAAACUACAGCAAUAUCGUGUUGCAUAACAAUCUACUAGAAAAAUCGACAUAUACUCUGGAUAUUCAAGCCACUAUGGUGGUCAAGUCUGCUAUGCUGCUGUAUCAGGUUGAGAUGGUAAUGCGGCUUGUGGAGAUUAUGCUGACUGGUAUCAAGAAGGUUUCUAAUGCUGGCCAUAACCUCAAGCAGGAGCUACCUUUACUUUCAAAAUACUUCGUCUAUACUGGACUUCCACGCGAGGCACCUACGACCAUCGAGGAAUCGCAGUCACUCCAGAGCUGGCCAACCGAUGGCACUGUCGAGUUCAGGAAUUACAGCAUGAGAUAUCGCGAGAAUCUGGACACUGUUCUGAAUGACAUUUCGUUUUCAGUUGGCUGCAAGGAGAAAGUUGGUAUCGUUGGACGCACUGGUGCUGGCAAGUCGUCGCUGACAUACGCACUACUGCGCCUAAUCGAGCCAGCAGGUGGCUCUAUCUUCAUCGACGGAGUGGACAUUUCGACAAUUGGUCUCCAGGAACUUCGCUCCAAGAUCAGCAUCAUUCCACAGGAUCCGGCUCUAUUUUCUGGCACCAUCCGCGAGAAUCUGGACCCGCUGGAGGAGUUCACUGACGACGAGAUUUGGACUGCAAUUCGCAAGGGCCAUAUGGAAGAUCUUGUCGAUAAGCCAACACAGACUUGCGAUAUUGAUGAUGAUAUGAGUGGCCCGUGGGUCGAAGGAACAGGUCUGGACAAGUGGGUGGAGGAUGACGGGAAAAACUUUAGCGUCGGACAGUGCCAGCUCGUUAGUUUGUGUCGCGCACUGCUCUGGGAGCGCAAGAUCUUGGUUCUCGAUGAGGCGACGGCAAAUGUCGACACAAGGACCGACCAGACCAUGCAACAUGUUAUCCGUGAGGAAUUCAAGGACUGCACAAUCUUGACCAUUGCGCACCGGCUCAGGACCGUCAUGGACAACGACCGGAUCCUGGUCAUGGAUCAGGGCAGGGUCGCCGAGUUUGACACUCCGGUCAACCUAUUGGCACAGAACUCCCUGUUCAAAAAACCUCGUCGAGGGUAUGGAGUUCAAUGA